AUGCCAGCCUCCAAGGCGUUGAAGCUGGUGGACGUGCAGAGCAACUACUUUUCCUCCGGCCCCACGCGCCCCAAGAACUGCUCCACUGUGCGCCUCUGGCUCUACGACAACUGCCUGCCCCCCACCACCACCACCGCCCUCUGUGGGCUCGCCCACGAGCAGCGCAGCAAGGAGAGCUGCGCCGCGUUCUGUGGGGUGGGGCAGGGCGGGGUGCUGUGCAGCGGGCAUGGGUACUGCUUCAAGAAUGACAGCAGCAGCAGCGCUGAGUGUGUGUGUGAGGAGCACUACUCCACUCGCAACGACCCCUAUACAUGCACGUACACGAUCGACCCUGUGGUGGUCUCCUCUGUAGCCACGCCCAUGGUGCUGAAUGGCACAGCACAACGCUCUGCUGAUGGCGCGCUGCUGCUCACCCCCAAGGCCAACGCCACCUGGGGCACGGCCUUCACAGCCGCGCCUCUCCCCCUCUUCUCCUACUUCAACACCAAGGCCACAUGCGGUUACCAGCUCGCCUUCAACACAUCUCUGGCUUUUUCCCUCGACCCAGACUCAGAGGCGGGUGGGGAUGGGCUCAUGUUUGUCGUCAGUGCGGCGCUGCCAGACCGGCUGGGAGGCGUGGGGAAGCGGAGUGUGGCGGUGGAGUUUGACUCGGUGCUGAGUGUGAAGCACAGCGACCCCAACGACAACCACGUGGGCGUCAAUGUGGGCGGCUCACCUGUGUCCCUCGCCUCUGCCACGGCCCCUCUCAUCCUCAACGACGCCCACACCAAGCACGCCUGGAUCCACUACGACCCCACCAGCGCCGGCACCCUCCGAGUCUUCCUCUCCUCCGACCCCCAGCAGCCCCUCACCCCCACCCUUCGCGCUCGAGUGUCGCUCUGCUCCCUCCUGCAGCCCAAGGCGUCUACUGCUGCAUUCUACGUCGGCUUCACAGCCUCGUCCACCACUGCCCCACAAGCACACUCCGUCCUCAACUGGACCUUCACUGCAGAUCUUCCACUCAAGCCGCUCUUUGACCCUUCAAACCUGGCGUUGGGGUUUGUGUUGGACGAGGACUCCUUCUCAUCGCAGGGCUUCAACACCGCCUUCCACUAUGCCAGUGCGGGCUUCGACCCCGCGCAGGACAACAGCCCCGCCUGGACUCUCAAGUCCUACAGCACCUGGGUCUUGCCCGAGGCCAUGUGGCCUGUCAAGAACCAACGGGGUUGUGGAGAUUGCUGGGCAUACGCAGUGGUAGCAGCAGUGGAGGCGGCCCACAGCAUCGCGGGCAACUGGGCGCAGCCCCCCGUGCUGUCGGUGGAGCAUCUGCGCCUCGCCCUCUCCUCCAACUGCGACGGUGGCUCGCCCACCAAGGCACUGCAGUUUCUCCUCAACGCCACCAACCAGGGCAAGGGGCUGCUGGAGGACGCCGUGUAUUCCCAAGGGCUGGUUCUUAGAAGGAGAUCGUUGGAGAGCAUCCCCAAGUACUAUGGCAUUCGCGGAAUCGAGCGCACGGGGUUCUACGGGUGGUUUGGGCUCAUGCUGGCAGUGCAGCGGCAGCCUGUCAUUGUGCACAUCGAGGCGUCCGCACCCUCCUUCCAAGACUACGAUGGGAGAGGCAAGUACGCGGACGAGGAGUGUUUCAGCAACCACCUGAACCACGUGGUGCUGGUGGUGGGCUACCUCGCUGCAGCCAUCGACUCCAACUCUGCCGUGCCGCCGCCCUUCUGGAUCAUCCGCAACUCAUGGGGCACAGGGUGGGGCGACCAGGGCCACAUGCGCAUGGACAUUCGCAGUGGCGACGGCAUCUGCGGCAUCAACACUCUCCCGGGCCUCUUCCCCGUCGUCAGAAGCAGUGCUGAUCCAUGUGGGUCACGCUCCUUCCAGUACAGCAACCAACACUCCGGCGUCUUCAACCCGUGUGGGCGGUUCAACUGCAGCAAGAAGGGCACCAGCAAUCGCUGCAAGUGCACUGACGCCCGCUUCGCUGAAGUCAAGAACACCGAUGGGUCCUACACCUGUGCCUAUGUGGACGUGUGUGGGUCCAGCAGUCGCAACCCAUGUGUGGUGGGCACGUGUGUGAACGAUGGCAAGGGCAGCUACUCCUGUGUGUGUCCGCCGGGGUUCAUCCAGGGCACCACCCUCGCCAACACCGCCUCCUGUGCUCCGGGGGAUGCAGGGGGGGUGUACACGGUGCAGCAGAGCAACGUGUGGUGCUCCCAUGUGCAUCCCAUAUUCGCCCUCACACUGGCCCAGUUCAUUCAGCAGAACAAGGGCAUCGCCUGCUCUGCUCCUCUGCGCCUGAACUCAACCCUUCUCGUCAACUCCACAGUGCAACCAUGCUCUGUCUUCUACACCACACUGCAGGGCGACACGUGCACGGGGGUGGCGCGGCAGGUGGAGCUGUGUGGGGCGGCGGCGUCGGAUGCGGAGUGUGAGGCGGCAUUUCAGGCGCUCAACCCCGCUGUCAACUGCUCCUCCCUGAGCCCCUCCCAAGCCGUGUGCCUGGAGAGGGACCCCGCCAAGGCGAAUGUGACAGUGGUGUGCGACCAGUACUACCGGGCGCGCCUGAGCGACACGUGCGACAGCAUCAGGCAGCUGGCGGAGCCUCCUCUCAGCCCCGUGGACUUCUACCGCCUCAACCCCGGCGUCAACUGCAACCAGCUCAUCCCCCUCAAAAACUACUCGCGCUCCGCCACCACCUUUGGUGCUGAG